AUGGCACCGAAUGGGCUUGCUUCCCAUGCAAGUCUUUUAACGCCCUCGGGCCUUCCCAGCGACGUUCGGAACAACCCCAGAUUUCCGCGGCCCGGCACUGGUUUGGAUCUAUCAGCCAGGAACUCCGAACUUUGCACUAUGGAGAAGAAGACCCCGGUCACCGGGAAGCGGCGUGGCGGAAGUAGAAAGGCCUGUAAUGAGUGUAAACAGCAAAAGACGCCCGCCGCGGCCUGCUCACGCUGUCGACGGCUUCAGAUAGAAUGCAAGGUCGAGCCCACCUUCAAGCGGAUCUCCAAGCGAAGGCGAAAUGCCGAAAUGGAACAGGAGAUUGCUGAUCUCCGUCGACGGCUGGCUACUAAUAGUGAGAAUCCACAUGCGAUGGAAGCAAACGUCAGCGAUGGACUGUCCCAGUGCUCAGAGGAUGUGUUCUGUGGCCCCGACUCUGUGGUUUCCGGCAGGCAACGGCCUCUGUCUGAUCCGUUGGAACCUCAGCCUCUGCCAACCCCCUUGACGAUACAUAGAGAGGCAUCUAUCCUCUCCCAGGAAGACAAGCUGUGGACACUGGAAGAUAUCUCGCUGCCUAGAUCAAGAGUUGCACGACUAUUUGAACAAUAUUUCAAAUACUAUCACCCUUUUCUCCCCCUGCUGAGUCCCCAAAAGGCCCCGGAGGAAUACCUGCGUCGGUGUCCACUUCUGGCAUGGACAAUUAUCUGUGUUGCCAGCCGUCGCGCCCCGUCAGAGCCAGGCCUGCUCAGUGCCAUAUCGGUGCCGUUUAGUAGACUUCUUUGGUCAACGAUUACUGGAAUAGCCAUGCAACUGGGCUUGCACCGUCCUGUUCAGGCAGAAGAAUUCACCACGUUCCGGAUGGAAGUUCAGGGCGAAGCCAAGAAGGAUCGUCUACAGACAUGGGUCUUAUGUAAUGUUGUAGCCCAGAAUGUUGCCACCGGCUAUGGACAGCCUCCUAGUACUAUUUACGACUGGGCGCUAGAGCCACCAUCCUUGCGAGAUGCCGACUACAACCCACCAGAUGAUCUUCGAAUCCGCUUACGGAUUGAAAAGUUCUGUGACCGGGUGACGAAAUCCUUGUAUAGCAGUAAACCCGAGCCUUCAGAGUUUAUUAGCUCGGAGAAGUUGCUGAUUGUGCAGCUCCUGGAAAACGAGCUUAGAGAUAUGGAAGUCGAAUUUGGCCGAGACAUUUCCAAUAUCAACAUGAUUCAUCUACGAGCAGCUGAAUUACAUCUGAGGUACUUCGUAUUUCUAGGUUCCAACGCACGGAGUGAUGAUCUUACCAAACUUUUCAUUGCUACUACAUCAUUCCUGGGUCGAGUACUGGAUCUCGAAACGUCACCUGGAGAGCUCAUCGGCCAUGCGACCAAUUACAUUCUUCAGAUGAUCGUCUCUGCUGCAUUCGCUCUCAUGAAGCUCUUGAAGAGUGACUUCAGUCGUCACAUUGAUUUUGACCAUGGAAAGCUACUGUUCAAUGGGGCGAUCUCGGCCAUCCGCCGCAUUAGUGUCAUGGAUCAUGACCGUCCUGUGCGACUGGCCGAUAUCCUGGCACAGAUGUGGAAUGCAGGAACCCCAGAUGACUCUAUGGGUGAAGACGUCUUACAGCUCAAGGUCCGUUGUCGGAUGAGCAUGAGUCACGUAUAUGACACAGUCUGGCGUUGGCGGCAGCGGUUCCGGCCGAUGAAAAGCAUUGAGGAUGCUCAAAAUACCAUGGCCAACCCGAACCUGUCAACGACAGAUGGGUCACUUGCCCGUCAGCAAGCCCAUUCCCUUGAAGACCAGAGCUUAAUUUUACCCGCCAAUUUUGACCAAGGGGCGUUCAUUAGCGAAGCAGGAUUCUCGGAAGUGUUUGAUUCGCUCAACUGGGUGUUUGAUGGAAUCCCCGAUUCAUUCGUUGCUCCUCCCGUGAUGUAG